AUGCCAGCAGGAAACGGUAUAAAUAGAAUUAUAACGUCAAAUAAUGAACAUAUUUUACAUAAUAAACCAAUUAUUCUAGAUUUUCAAAAAUAUAAAGAAAAAGAAAACCGUCGACCAGAAGUAACUUUUACAUCUUCAUCGUCCGGUGGAUCUGUACCAAAACGAUAUCAUACAGUUUAUACCGAAGGAACACCGUUAACAUCGUUUGGGGUUAGAGGAGAUGGAAAUAAUUCUCGAGCACGUUCACCACCAAAUCAGCCAAUACCAUCGCAAAAUCAGCGUCCAUUAAAACCAGUGAAAGAAUUUUUAGUUGCUCAACCUACUCAAAAUGAUCGACGACGUUUAUCAACUCAACGCAAUGAAAAUAGCAAUAAUAAUUUGCGAAUAAGUCAAACAGAUACUGUACAAAAUGUGAAUGCAGCACUAACCAAAACUCUAAAUAAGUUGCGGCAGGAUCAACCUGUAAUAAAUGGUAGAUCAACGCCAAUGUAUGGCUACGAUUCAGAGUUCAACCGCAAUAUUCGACCAAAAUCCACGUCACGCGUGAAUUUACUUCACAAUGGCAAUAGUCAUUCGCCAGUUUAUCAUAGUCUCGUUGGCUAUGGAACAUCGAGCGGUGGAGCUGGACCAUUACCUGUGGAACUAAUUACUAAACGGCCAGCGACACCGGCAGCUACAGUUAUUCACUUGCAAAACAACAACAAUUCACGAGUGUCAUCAGCACGUUCAACGACAACCACCACAAUCACCGCAUCAUCAGCUAUUGUCACAUCAAACCCAAUUACAUCAAUAAAAUCACAACCUCUACCGCGAGAAAUAAAGUCCAAUGAUAUAGCGACAAUUAAUAAUGAUUAUAAUCCAUCGUCUCGGACUCCAACACCUACAACAGCGCGUAAAACUCAAGCAAAAAGUAUUGAUACGGACUUACAUCAAUUAGACGUAUUUAAUUUUAAUUCAGUUAUGUUAGAUGAACAACCAUUUGAAAAUAAGGGUCCAGCGCAAUUAUCUCGAAAAAAUCACGCACCAAAAGCAUCAAUGAUGAAUGGCACUAAUGUCAAGGCAAUGUUACCCGAAGUCAGUGUUAAUCCACGUAUUCAAAGUCCUGUACAACAAGAUCAACAACCAUUAUAUCGAUCAGCAAAUAAUUCGUCUGAUGAACAAUUACAAGCACGUGAACUAUACAUCAUACCAGGAUCGAGCAGUAGUAAUUCAGAAUCACAAAAACAUACUAUACGAGUAGAGCAACGAUCAAAUUCGAAUGAACGCUCUCCAUCUCAUUCCCCGCCACCCAUUUACAAAACUGCACGAGUUCAAAUUGUUGAUGUUCAACAACAACAACAACAACAACAACAGCAACAGCAACAGCAACAACAGCAACAUCAACAGCAACAACAGCAACCACGAUCAAGGCCGAGUUCUGCUGCUAAUAAUCUAUCGACGACGAACGAUAAACUAAAUGAUGCUUAUAUUGAAAAAGAGAAGCAAUCCCAUGCACAAUUCAUCGGUGAAAAUGAAACAGAUUCAACAUCGACAUUGGUUGGGACGAAACGAAGCGAUAUAAACGGGGGAGACGGUUCAACUCCUCCGCCCUCGCCCGCCACAAGAGAACUAAAUCGUGUUUGGAAAAAACAUAGAAACAAAUAUUCGAUUAAAGCCGUGACAUCAACAUUGACAGGAAGAAAAAAUGUCAGAGCACAUCGGCCACCAUGUAGAUUAAAGAAUUAUGGUGAACAAUCAGAUGACUCCGAGUCAAUAACAGAUCCGCCUAGUAAAGAAGAAGCAACACAACAACAUGAUGGAAUAGCUCGACGUCAUGGCAAUCAGAUCAGUGAUCUAGGUAGUGAUGGAUGGAGUGACUUAACGAGCGAAUUUAGUGAUUCAAAAUUACGAAAACAUCCGGGUAUGCGAACAUCGACGCCAAAUAUGACACGCCAUAGUUCAAGUUUGAGCUCAAAAGAAGUUUUACAGAUACGAAAACAAUUAACGGAUUUACAAUUAAUGUAUAACGAUUUACUAAAAUUACUUGAUGUUGAUAUUGAAUCCAUUAGAAGUAGUAUCAAAUCAAGUACAUCAUCUCAGCAAGAUCAUCCCGGAAUAUUAUCUAAAAAACACCGAUUUCGUAAAGUGAUGCCAUCUAUUCGUUAUGCGAACUCUGAUAUGAGAGAAGUAAAUCAACGAUUCACUCGUAUUGAAUCAUCAAUUGUAACAUUAGCUGAAAGUAUCGCCAAAUUAUCGGCACAAAUUCAACUUCAACGUGUCAUGAAAGAUGAUAUUUACCAUUUACGCAAUGAAGUAGCCGAUUUGAGACAACAAAUGUAUCGUCAACAAUCAGCUGGCUCAUCAUCGACACCUCAAUCACGUUUAAUAAAUGCUAAUGUUCAUCGUUUGAGUACACCUUUAAAUCUUUCUACAUCUUAUAUGCCAUCAACAAGUACCAUUCAACGUUCAAAUUCUGUUAUUGAUCCAAGACAAGCAAGAAAAAUUGAACAAUUUUUUGGUACAGAAACAAUGUUACGAUAUUUUCUAAGUUUACUUGGUUAUGAGGAAUAUGCUUCUGCACUUGAACAAGAAAAAAUUGGUAUUUAUGAAUUACCGUAUAUUAGUGAAAGAAAAUUACAUAGUCUUGGUAUACCAUAUGGUCCUGGAGCAAGAAUUGUUUACGAAGCUCAACAAUAUUUCAUAUCACUUUUAACACUAAAAUCAAAUGGAAUCGAUGUAUAG